AUGCAGCGAAUCUUGUCCCUCCUGACAAGGCGUCGCCUUGCGGAGCCAGGUCGAGGUCCAUUGCUUGCAUGGCAUCCCAAUGCUCCUGAACUUGCUUCCGUGUGCCGCGGUCAUGUAGCAGUGCAUCGUCUGGGUGACGGUCUUAUGCGCGAGGCAAGCACAACCCACCUUCACGUCGAGAUGCGGUCUAUUCUUUGCGUGGCAUGGCAGCCAUGUGACUUGAGGAGCACUUUAGCAGUCGCUGGUUCAGACGCCAUUGCACUCUGGCGUGCAAACGGUGCUUCAUCUGGCGGCUGGUUGCGUGUUUGGGCUCUUGCCGGAGAGGCCUUUGGCUCUUCCGCUUUGUCAUGGGCGCCAGAUGGCCGGCUCCUGGCAGCAGGGGGACCAUUUGGUGCUGUCCAUGUCUUGGGGCCCCACAGUGAGCUCAUUGGUCAGCAGGAGCUGCCCAGCCAUUUUAUUCGCCUUCGGCGCUGGUUCAGCGGAGGGGCUGUGCUGCGAAUAGCUUGGUCUCCCGAGGCGACAUUGUUGGCGGUGCUCCAUCGUGGCAACGAACCGCUUGUAAGGCUUUGGAAGACCCAAACCUGGGAGGUGGCUGUACACGUUGGACUUGGAUGGGUUCCUGCAGGACUACCAGGCUUCUCCUUAGCAUGGUUGAAUGGCGACACACUGCUCGCAACUGGUGGUGGUCAUCUGGUGGAGAUCGGCAUAGGAAGUCCGGGUGUUGUGAAUGCAGGCAAUGCUCACUUGGGCCAGGACACGACCCUACUGGGUCUGUCUGGCGCCGAGUCAGAGGUGAGAGCUGUACCGCUAGCUCAGGAUGCAACGGUGCAAGAAGUGGCAGUUUGCCCCCGCACAACGCAGCGUGUGGCCUUGCGAUUAGACAAGCGAAGCGAGGUUUUUAUCUAUGAGCGAGCUACCUGCGGUUUGGCAGGAUGGUCACAACGAGAGCUGAUGCCCUGUGGACGCUUAGCCACCCAGGGUGCCUUCCCACAAGCGCUUGCCUUCGCAGAGAAGGCCAAGGUCAUUGGCAGUGCGAACAGCACAGAAGGCCCAUUGGAUCACAGUCCCAUUUGUGAAAGCGGUUUGCAUAUGUUUAUAUGA